CCACGUUGAGCCGGAUCAAUAAAUCAAUGUACCUGCGCCGCAAUGGCCAUUCGAAAUAGAGGCCGCCCCCCCGCUGCUGGGGCGCUGGCCGUUUUAAUUUCCCUCCGCUGCCCACUUAUCAAAACCUACGCUUUUGACCUCCUGCCGCACCCCUCCUUACAUCUUGACCUUAACCAUGUCAUUUGCAGACCUAAGGAGCCAACUACACGAAAAGGACGAUGCUCCCAAACUGGAUAUAACCCGUCUUACCAAAACUGUGCCCAAGGCUUCGGCUGUCAAGAGGCUCUAGAGGCAAUGGGACGAAUUUCUUAGGGAGAUGGGUCUGCCAAAUGACCUCGAGGGGUUUCAAAAAGCUCCAUCACUCCGGGAACUGAUGGUUUUCAUCAGAUAUAUCGCACGAACCUCAAAGGGAAGACUGGAUGAUAAUCACAUAGUUACCUUCUAGUAUCUGUCAAAGCUGUGGAUCCUUAUUAGAGAGAUUAUAUCUUGCC